CGGCGGUUCGACGUGAUGACGUACGAAACGGGAAGCGCCUUCUGAACUUGUUGCCACGUCGAAAUAUCCCUGUCGGGUUUAUUCACUGGGAAUCAACCUAAUCUAUGGUUUAAUAUUCACCACAACAAUCAUGGUCUCCGUUAUCAACACAGUGGAUACCUCGCAUGAGGACAUGAUUCACGAUGCCCAGAUGGACUACUAUGGCACGCGACUGGCCACCUGCUCAUCCGACCGCACCGUCAAGAUCUUUGAUGUCAGGAAUGGAGGGCAGAUAUUGGUAGCAGAUCUGAGGGGCCACGAGGGUCCUGUGUGGCAGGUGGCAUGGGCCCACCCCAUGUACGGUAACAUCCUGGCCUCUUGCUCGUACGACCGCAAGGUCAUCGUCUGGAAGGAGGAGAACGGCUCCUGGGACAAGAUGUACGAAUACACAGGACACGAGUCCUCAGUGAACUCGGUGUGCUGGGGACCAUAUGACUUUGGUCUGAUCCUGGCUUGUGGGAGCUCUGACGGCGCCAUCUCUCUGCUCACCUUCACUGGAGAACAGCAGUGGGACGUGAAGAAGAUCAGCAAUGCACACACAAUCGGCUGCAACGCAGUUAGCUGGGCUCCGGCUGUGGUCCCUGGCAGUCUAGUGGACCAGCCGUCAGGACAGAAACCAAACUACGUCAAGCGCUUUGUCUCUGGCGGAUGCGACAACCUGGUCAAACUCUGGAAGGAGGAAGAUGGCCAAUGGAAGGAGGACCAGAAGCUUGAGGCUCACAGCGAUUGGGUGAGAGACGUUGGCUGGGCUCCUUCUAUUGGUCUGCCCACCAGCACCAUCGCCAGCUGCUCACAGGAUGGGCGGGUGUUCAUCUGGACGUGUGAGGACCCGACAGGGAACACCUGGACGCCCAAGCUGCUCCACAAGUUUGUUGACGUCGUCUGGCACGUCAGCUGGUCCAUCACUGGAAACAUCCUCGCCGUCUCCGGGGGCGACAACAAGGUGACACUCUGGAAGGAGUCUAUGGACGGCCAGUGGGCUUGUAUCAGUGAUGUCAGCAAGGGCCAGGGGGCGGUGUCCUCCAUCACAGACACUCAGCAGAGCGAGCAGUGAUGCACUCACUCACACACAUGAAGUACAAUACACAUCUCAUAACACACACUCAGCAAGCAGUGACACACACCAUAACACACACACAUAUUACAACACACGUGCAUACACUCACACGCGAACAUGUACACACACACACACACACACGCACACACACCAGAUGUGAUGUCCUGAAACAUUCCGUCUUCACUCCAACCUAUCCCAUAAUGCCUUGCGGGUCUAGUGGCCACCCUCUGAUUGACUCUCAUUAUGGCUCACCAAUCUGCAGACACAUCCUUCAGAACCAAACGAGUUCUGGUGGUUCUGUUUCUCUCCCUGGGUUCUCCAGAAUCUUGUGAAUAGGAUUUGAAACUGGUUCCAAACCAGCUUAAACCUCCCUCUAAUUUGAACCCCCCCCCCCCCCCCCCCCCCCA